CCUGACCUCAGGUGAUCCGCCCACCUCGGCCUCCCAAAGUGCUGGGAUUACAGGCUUGAGCCACCGUGCUGCCCCACAAAGCCCUAAUUUUAAGAAACAGACAGGUGCAGUGGCCUACAGCGCUCCUCGCUGAGGCUCUGGCUUGAGGGCGAGCCUGUGGUGACAGCCUGACGAGGAAGUGCCGGCCCAGGUGGCACAAGGAGGGGCGGCUUGAAGUGGCCGCAGCUUCUAAUUCUUUCUGAAGCUGCCUCUUCCCGAGGGCGCCUCCCUCUUGUUCAGCCCGCGGUGACUCUGAGAAGUCAGGGGAAGUCUGGCACAGGAAGGGGAGUUUCGUUUUUAAUAUGGAAAUCGCUCAGGAAGAAUCACACCAUCCGGAUUUCCCCGGCGGCUGGAUAUUAACAAACGGUCACUUUCCUUUGCUGAAAUUCUCUGGUUUCCUUUUAUCCACGUGAAGCUUCUGGAAACUCUCCUGGGUGGCUCUUCUGUUGCUUUUCUGCCGCUGCCCCCAAAAAUGAGAGCGUGAGAAAGUGACGUCUUCUGGCCACCUGGAGGAGCCCGCGGUGACAUCAGGGCCCGGUCCCUGCGGUCGUGCCCCGGGUGACGCGCCCGGGCUGACAGCAGAGCUGGCUGCUGACGUCACUGUCCUGGCUGCUAAGGCUGGUAGUAACCAACAGAGUUUAGUUCUGCUUUGACAACUCCUCCUACAGCCAACACUAUUGUUACGGCCCACAUGUCAUUCCUAUUUACCCUAAAUAAGGAGAAACAAAGGCUAUUCUGGGCCCCGGGCACUGCUUGUGGCGGGGGUUAUUUGCAGCGUUACCAUGGCAGGCUGCCCUUUCCGCCGCUCCGGCCGGCCACCCCGUGAUUGUCUCUGAAAACUGCGACAGACUCGCAGCCUGCCCUGAAUUUUCUUCACACAGCCUGGGGGCAUCCGAACGCACGGGAGAUGUUUUACACUCAGAUGAAACACACUGUUUAGACCUCGGGGAAAAGAGACUGCGCUCGAACAAAAUGAACCCGGAGAAGGCGGCCUCCUGAGACGCGUGUCUGCUUUCAUGUCUGAAUUGCCUGGGAUUCUGUUCUCUAAUUCCUGAUCCUUAUAAACUAAAACUGCCUAGGAACACUGAGCGUCCUGACUCUGAAGGAGUCUCUGGCGUGUCUGUGUGUGCUGCCGUACAUGGGGAAUAGUGAUGUGAGGCAGAGGGAGAGGGAAGGAAUGGGAGAGUCGAGAGGGAAGAGAGGACCGGAGGGAGAGGAGCACACACUGUUUCCUGCCGUGGUUAGGACCUCACCCCUUGCCAGUACAGAGCUCGGCGGCAAGAGCCGCUGGGAGCUGCUCCCAUCAGUUAGAGGACGUGGAGAGGGAGCACCAGGAGAGGACAGCCCCAGCCUGGCUGGCAGCCUGAGGGGCGCUGUGGGUGCUCCCAGCCGGGCGAGCACGCUCUGGGAGCGGAGCUGCAGGGGAGAAGCACGCGAGCCUAACGUGAGUGUCCUGCCUGUCGCGGCUCCUGCCUUGGUCAGCGCGCUCUCCAGUCCUUCUGCGCCGAAAGCUUCCAGCAGAGAUGGAGGGAAGGAGUAUUGUGUGAGACUUGCCGAGUUCCUCCUUUCUGUCUGGACUGGUUUGACAUUUGCCUGUUGAAAAGAUUAUUGAGCACAGUGAGACAAGAUGAGCCGUCUGGCUGCGUCCUGCUUGCCUGUGUGUGUGACACGUCCAGGUGUCAGGCCAAACCCGAGACGUGCGGACUGCUCACCGAUAGACGCUGCUGUAAACGGCACUGCCCUAGGUGUACAGCCGGUCUCAGGAUCGGAGACCCUGGACUUCCUCUGCUCGGUGACACGCCGGCUUCCUGCCGCAGAGCUGCUGGUUUCUGGUGAUGGCAGUUGAUAAUUGGUAGCCACAGUCUGCGGUCGGAGCCACAGCAUUUGAGUCUAGCACCUGGGGUGGGCCCUGCUGAUACAGUAGAGAGAGAGUGAACGAGGCAGACAGAAGCACCCCCCCCUCCACGCUCACACACUCUCCCACACCCCACGCCAGCUAUAACUGCAGCUCGGAGCUGCCUGGAGAGGAGAUUGCCGGCAGCCGGAGGGAUGCUUUGAACGUGGGGGGCUGCGUCACAGUUGAACUCCCACUUGCAGAGGACCUGAUUAUGUCCAGUGACCACCCGAACAACAGCACACUGAAGGAGGCUCAGUUCAAAGACCUGUUCUUAAAAAAAGGUACAUUUCCCAAGAACUGCUGUGGAUGAUGCAUGCUCUUUCGGGUUUGCUGUGGUUCUUGUUGGAGUUUGGUCUGAGGACAGAGUUGAGAAGAGGAGAAGCUCUUUCUCAAGAAGUUUGUUUCUCCCUAACAGGGGUCUGUCAACUCGGAACAUUUCAGGGUGGGACUCCCUUUAGGAAGAUGCUUUUUCCUCCUCUUUCAAGCCUGGAAUCGUUUGUUCCUGUUGGAGGGGUUAUGCAUGAGCGCACAGGUUGUUGCUUUGGAGUUUUGUUUUUUUCAAAUGUCCGUGUAUGAGGCUGAGACCUCCCCUGGAAGUUCGCUGCUUGUUGAUAGGUCCUUUUUCUUGACCUUCAGGAGCUGAAAACUGCAUUUUAAAGAAAAGCGGAGCUGGAGUUCGCCCAAAUCAUCAUCAUCGUCGUGGUGGUCACGGUGAUGGUGGUGGUCAUCGUCUGCCUGCUGAACCACUACAAAGUCUCCACGCGGUCCUUCAUCAACCGCCCAAGCCAGAGCCGGAGGCGGGAGGACGGGCUGCCGCAGGAAGGGUGCCUGUGGCCUUCAGACAGCUCCGCACCACGGCCGGGCGCCUCGGAGAUCAUGCAUGCCCCGCGGUCCAGGGACAGGUUCACAGCGCCCUCCUUCAUCCAGAGGGAUCGCUUCAGCCGCUUCCAGCCCACCUACCCCUAUGUGCAGCACGAGAUCGAUCUUCCUCCCACCAUCUCCCUGUCCGACGGUGAAGAGCCACCUCCUUACCAGGGGCCCUGCACCCUGCAGCUCCGGGACCCUGAACAGCAGAUGGAACUCAACCGAGAGUCCGUGAGGGCCCCGCCCAACCGAACCAUAUUUGACAGUGAUUUGAUAGACAUUGCGAUGUACAGCGGGGGCCCGUGCCCACCCAGCAGCAACUCGGGCAUCAGUGCAACCACCUGCAGCAGUAACGGGAGGAUGGAGGGGCCGCCCCCGACGUACAGCGAGGUGAUGGGCCACCACCCCGGCGCCUCUUUCCUCCAUCACCAGCGCAGCAACGCACACAGGGGCAGCAGACUGCAGUUUCAGCAGAACAACGCAGAGAGCACAAUAGUACCCAUCAAAGGCAAAGACAGGAAGCCUGGGAACCUGGUCUGAUUCCCUCCAACCUGCACUUCAGCUGGAGGAAGAAACCGAGGAGGGCGGCCGCCGGGCCCCCUGCGCAGUGUUGUUCAGUUUUACAUGGUACAAAUAAGUAAAACCAAAUGAGCAAACACGGUCUUUGUUUCUGAUUCCUUCUAGGGGAAUUGCAUGCAAACUAGACUGAAAUGAUACAAACUUCCGUCUGGUUUGACCGCAAACAGUGUUUAUUUGGGGACAGGGGUUGGGACGGGGGUGUGGGCAGGGGAAAACAGAGAAAGGGAUGCUUUGAAGAGAUCAUGAAAUAAAACCCACAGAGGUAUGUGAUUUAUUUAAUUGUGAAAGGAGACUUUGCAGAUACAUGAGGCCAGAAUGGCCUGUUUUAUAAUUAAGUGAGUAAAGAAGGAAGCAUUAUUAUAUAUUAUUGUGAGGAAGAACCAGCCAGUUUGCUUUUUCUCCUAAGGCGUGGAAGUUUUAUGUUGUUUUAAAAAUAUGAAUCAAAAUUCCUGUUUUGUGUGCCAAGGUAUAAAGUGGAGAAGUCAGAUGCGUGCAAGGAGCGCCUUUGUGUUGUGAUGAUGUGUUUUCAAAGUUGCACUAUCUUAAUGUUGAAAAUAUUUACGAGGGAACUGUUUUGCGUGAAGUUCUGUAUGUUGUCUUUUCACCUGUGGAUUGUAAUCAGGCCCAAGGAAUAUCCUGGAGUGGUCCCCAGAAUCACCCAAGAAAAGACAUUUGGGGAUGUAGCCUAACAUUUUACCAACUUACGUAAAUCAAAAAAGUCAUUAUUGUUGCGGGAGUUUGCAUCAAAUAGCAGUGCGUCGCUGAAGCUUUUGGAGACACUUGGGUGGAAGACAGGGAAGAUUAAGUUCCAGCAUUUCUGACUUGUUAUUUUGAGUUACUCUGCUAAUCUUAGGCUGCAUAUUUUAUGAGAAAAUGAACACAUGCAUUUAUGGAUCCAGUAUCAUGCAGUGCUGCUCGCAUCCUCCAGCAGUGCAAUUUCUCCAGUAAUUUAGAUUUUUUCACUAUAGCAUGAAAUAUAUUCAAAUACAUACCUUAUUUUAUGCAAUAAAUUGUUUAAAAUGCAAGGUGGUUAUUCUGCAUACUGUUGAAAUAUGUGACUCCUCAGUAUAUUCCAUUGCCUCGACAGCUUAGUUGAGUUCUGCAGGGGCUGCUCAGUUCACAGGAGGCUCCCAGCAGCCACCCCACAUCCUGCCUACCGAGAACUUCGUGUGGGAGUGGUGUGGGUGGUGGUUUCUUAUGCUUCGGGAGCCUCUAGAAAUGACGGAAGAAUGCCAAGUUGCUGAUCAUGGUAAUAAGCCAUUGUGUGUCACUAGUAUUAGCACAUUCUUAAAGGAAUGCAGUGCUCAGAACACACCCAAAUUCCUGCAGGAUUCUACCAAACCCUUCCCCAGGCCAAGCUUUGCACUGAAGGCAGGAACUGGACCCUCCGAGAACAGUGGAGGGGGCAAGUGACUGAAGAGCGCCGGGUAAAAAGCACAACAUGCAGUUAAAAUGCAACUAGAAAACUAAUUUUAAAUAUUGUUAGUUUUAAUAUUCCUGAUAUUCACAAAUAUUCAUUCUUAUGUACAAUUAAAAAAAUAACUUUCUUCUACAGAUGUAAGCACUGGCUCUUGUAAGAGCAGCAGCCAACACGUUUAGCAGCCACUGCGCACGGAGAAGGGCUUGUCUGCAGCACAGUCUGCCAUGUGGAGGGUGGGCCUGUGGCCUCUUCACGUAACACGAUGAGCUGGAAUGAUGAUUCCGUGACUCCCAUCUAUGCAGCUUUAAAGCCGAAUCCGCGUGUGUGUGUCUGUGUCUGUGUGGAUCUCGCAGGUGAGCCCCUCGGUGCGGUGGCUGUGCUGUCACUGGAGACUGUUCCAAACCCCAAGGGUUGUCUGACCCCUGUCUGUUCCCUUCUGCUGCUUACCGCUGUAGGUAGGCCACGGUUUUUGUUUGUUUUGAGGAUUAGAAAUUCCAUUACAUUCAUCCUUUUCACACAGUAACAUCCACAGAACUAGUCCAACUCUUAAAAGGAGAGAGGAAAAACAAGGGCACCAGUUGUCAGCUCCUGCCUACAACCCUGUGUGGAAGUAUAUACAGUUGAGAGUCACCGUGGAGGUUCUGAGACUGGACUCAGUCUUGUUCCAGUGACACUUGGAAGGGUCUGCUGGAGAGAAACCAGCUCUCAGGGCAGGGAUUGGCUGGGGGCCAGAGAGGACCUUCCCCAACCCUGGAGACGCCCUGAAGGUUCUCUGGCUCCCCAGAUGAGCCUCUCUUCCUCUGUCAGGCGAAGAUGAGGAGCCCGUGUUCCCAGCGGGCCCUGCUGGCAGGGACUUGCAGUGGAUUCUCGGUCAGGUGUGUCCACAGACGCGGGGGCGAGGUGAGUGAUCCCAUCAUUCCAGUUCUCACUCGCAGGUUUGGGGAAGCAGGGGACGCAGUCCACAGCUCCAGCUCCCAAAUGGCUUCGCAGUCCUUACUUCUCCACCUGCCUCGAAGGGGCUCAGAGACGAGACUUGUGAAUUCCUUGGUAACUGCGAGUAAUGAGUGUUUUGCACAUGUCCACAGUGUGGGUGAGAUAAUUAUGUAAUUCAGAUACCUUCAAUCAUCUUUCAAGAAAGAGGCUCCUCCCAUUCAACCACCCUAGAGAACUGCCUUUGUUAAAUCGUUAUUUAAAGACAUAUAUAUCAAACCAUGACUUUGAAAGGUCUUCGAGGCUGGGGCUCUGUAAUGAAUUAGUUUAAAAGCCGAGAUCAUAACAUGAAUUAAUAGUCAAUUUCCCUUCAGCACAAGGCAAAGGUGAUUUGGAUCAGUAGCUCUUUUGAAGGUUGUGGCUGACCUGUUCAUACCGUGUUGCCUCAUGGCUAGCGUGGUGUUGAAAGAGUGGUGAUUGUGAUGAUACAGCUUACACAGUGGGGCCUAUUGUUCUUUCAAGAACCCUUCUUUUAGCUUGUAGAACCCACGGGUCCAGUUUAAUAACCGCUGAUUUAGGCAAUCAAUGACAGGUUUAUAAUCUCAGAUUAUUCCAGCAAAGUGAGGAUUGCAUUGUUAGGAAGAACAUCUGGUGGGAGUGAACACUGCUGGGCAUACUGCUGACUUUUGUCCCUUGUUCCAGGUGUAGCAGACCCAAGGCAUCUUGAUUCCCAUCUAUAAGAACACAAUCUUCCAGCAUAUAUUUGUUUUUUCACAAGCUCUAGCAUUCUUUUUAAAUACUGAAGCAAUCCUUAAUGGAAAAGAGAUUUCAUGAAACGAAUUAUGUAUUCCAAUAGUUGAUCUCUUUUUGGUGUCCAAAAUUUACUAAUACAGAAGCUUGACAAGCAUGUCCUCACCCUCCCCACCACAUACACACAGGGGGACACACCCAAGCCACAAGAAAUCCCAAGAGAGCAGAGGAGAACUUUCAAAAGAUUUAUCAUGCAGACGCAUUUCCAUUCACUAUGUUGGCUCAAACUUAUGAGGCAGGAAAUAGGGGCCAAAAGUAAAUGGGGGAGGCCUCCUGACACCAGCAGAGGAAUUUUGUACCCAGGCAAGGACUUCCUGAACUUCUACAUAUAUCUCCAUCUGAUCUCUUUCACCUUUAUUUCAUCUUCGUAAGAAUGAGAAAGGCUCAAAAGGAAGCACUUUUAGAAAGCUGCUCUGACCUAGAAGAAUUCAUCCAAAUCCCUGCCUUCCUCUCUGCACCAACAGUUCCCUUCUCUGACAGGGGCCAUCCUCUAUCUUCCAUCCAGUGGCUCUUCUUUUUAGGGAGGCUCUGGUGCACAGCGCUUCAAACACGUCCUCAGGCCAGGUACUGGUCGCUAGCACAGAGACACACAGCACCCAGCCCCAGGCCCUCCCUCAAAGGACCGGCUCGUGGCGUUGGUCACUCGCAGGCUCAGAGACGUUCUGCUGUGGCCGCAGGGAGCCCGGCUGCCCACGCAGCCCUGACUGGAUGCGCCCCCAUCUCGGGGCUUGCUGCACUGCUCGCUUUUUGAAUUCUGCUACUUAGAAUGGCAACAUUAACUUUGUGUACCAUUCAUUUUUUUUUAAUUUCCAAAGCUCAGCCGUGUAUGAGAGAAAAAACUGGGAAAGAUACUUGGUUUCUGUUAACUUUUGCGUUUCUUGCUUAAGUGAUUAAAGCCAGUGCUUGCAGCCAAGGCUUCAUGCCAUGAACAUGCCCCACAGCCUGCCCUCUGCUCUCCUGCUCACACUGACCUACUGAGGUGAAAGGACAGUUGAAAGACAGAUGGGCAAAGGGAAAACCUCCCCUUCUUGGUGCGAGGAAAGUCACAAAUUAAAUGUUGCUUCCAGCCCAGAUCCUAAAUGCCAGUUCUCAGCAGCUGCGUGGCUUACCGUUCACCAGUUCCACCACCGCCAGCUGCCAGCACCUCCAGAGAUCAGAGAUGUGAACAGAGUAUGGAAAGCACUCUUAGCCUUGCAAUGGUCUGUACUUUUUAGGAACCAAGAGUUCAGCAUUCUUUGCUACCCAGCACGCGUGUGCUUCGCAGAGUUCACGUUUAUGUUACUGCCAGGGUUAGACAGUCACUUGCUGCUGCUGCUUCCCGAACUGGGUGCAUUAGGAAGCUGCUGUCUGAGUGUAGGAAUGUCUUGCUGGGAAAGCAACGUCUUCCUUCAUCCUUUUCUUUCUUCCCUCUGCGUGUCCUUGUUUUUGUGUAAUGCGGGAGAGGGUUAGAGCUAUAGAGAUUAUAUAUACACUAUCCGUGCACAUUAUAUAUAUGUAGAUAUAGACCCUAUCAUGUCAGAGAUCUGCAUGUCAGUUUUUCAGCAACGAAGGUGCCUCGUGUUCUGAGUUCAGCAGAUACAGGAACCCAGCCGCCCCCUCCCGCACCUGAUGCUCCCACCUUUGUUGUGCCUCACUUAAAAUGGUGCUUUUUUCAGUUGUCUGUCUUUUCUUAUGUUUUUAUUUGUAAGGUGCUGUAUAUAAGUUGAAUAUAUUAUGCACAUAUCCUACCCAAUGGGUAGAACAAGUUGUUAAUACUGUAAUAUAAUGUAUAGAUGAUACCAAUUUUAACAGAAAUGGCAUAGAAUUUGUGAAUGCCUAUGUGCUUUGUCCUCUUUUGUAAGGAAAUUUGCAAAUGGAUGCAUACAGAUUAAAGUCUAUGUAGUUUAUUUUCCUAUUAAAUAUCAAUAUUAUAACACGAGAAAGAAGUGUGAACAAACAAGCAACAGUUUAUGACCAGCGUAUAUAUAGCAAUGGAAAGUUGCAUCUUUGCUGUGAAAACACUUUAAAGAAAAUACUUUUUAAAAAAUCCCACAGCUUUUUGGUUGCCACUAGACGCUUCUUAUUUGAAUCAUUUUAGUAAUGCUCAGCUGGACCAGUGUUAGUUAUAUUUGAGUCAGAAAAAUGUUGUUUUUCAACUUGCUUUGUAACCUCCUGCAUCUAUCUCCUGCUGUAGCAUCACGAAGGUGUCAGCCUUAGUGAAAAGUGCACAUUUUUGUUGUUAAAUUGCAGAAACUGUGUCAGAGGAGUAAGUCAAUCAGCCUGCAGCAGAGGACUCUGUUCAGCUCCAGAGGCAUCUGUGACCAUCUGUGUCCAAGUCUCUCUGUGCCUUUUUGUUUUACAAACUGCAGCUGUGGAGCCAAUGAAGUAACAGUAGAGAUUGUAGGGAAAUACCUCAGGAAAAACACCCACUUACAAGAAGACCCUGUUCUUAGAAAAAGCGUUCGGUUAUGGGUUAGCACUAGAAGAGACGUGGCUGCCAGCCAGUCAAGUGAGGACCUCUCAUCCAUUCCCACGCAUGUCCCAUCAUAAUCCUGACCCGAAAAGCAAACUCGGUUUUGCCAUCAGUUAGAAAUUACAUUUUGAAUUGUAUAUUGUUACAUCUCUCUUCCAGCUUAGUUUUUAGUGUCUGAUUGUGACCUCUGCAUUUAUCUUCAAAUACCCUAAUUUUAAAAAGAAAGAACGAGAGAAGUGUGUAACACCGUAUUCAUUAAAACCACGGUUGAAUCUUGGGUGUGGGUAUCCUUUUCGAGUGUUGUCCCAUAAGAGCAGUUCGUGGAAUUUUGCCCGUCUGACCCAUAUUAUCAGCUUAUUCUGCCACAAAAGUGGAGUCUAAUAAAUUCCAAAGUUUUUAGUUGCCCCAUGGUGUAUGUUCUUUGAAAAUCACAAUAGACUCAUACCCCUAACAUCCAAGAAACAAACAACCGAUUAUCCUUAAACUGAAAUGGGCUCUACAAGGCAACUCCUAAUGCUGAAUGGAUUAAAAGUCAGCCCUUUCAGGAUCUGUCUGAAAGGGCUGUGAAAAGGUGACACUCGUGUUGUUGUGGACCCCGCGUGUUGGUUCCAUCAUAUACUGUAGGGUGCCCCCCUUGGGAUUCAGCAUUAAGAACUGAGGCUCGUUACUGUCAGAAACAAAGCUCCUACCCCCAGGUUCAACCUUGUGGGAGAACUGUUGAGCAUGAGAAUGUUCUAGACUCAGAGGUACUGAAAUUUGUGACCACAUCAUUGCUUCCUUUCUACAGGACGAAUUGAGGCUUAAACUUGACUGUUAAUGAUACUGGUUCAUUUGAAUGUGCUCGUUGGUAUGUUGCUAUUUUUCAUUUCAUAGCUUUCAAAAAUCAUGCUACUUGUAUACUUGUCUAGUUUAAGGCUAUUUUAAAAUAUGUACAAUACUAUUUACAGCAUUUAGUUCAUUUUUAUUAUAAAGCAAUCUACUAAAAAAGUACACCUGUAUUUGAACUUUUCAAUAGUUGGUUGUGAGCUAUGAUAAGUCAUUAAAGUUUCUUUUA